UGUGGCUUUUUAACUGAUCAUUAUUUCUUUUUUCAUAAUUUUGAUUAUACACUUUAUAAUAUAUUUCUAAUUCAUUAAUACGACAGUGGCACAAACUGCGGCUACACGGGAGCAUCAUCACAAUAAGGUGUGUUGUUAUCAUAUUUGAUUAUGUAUUGCCGUUUAAACAGCUGUGUUGUGUUUAUACAUGUGUUAUUGUGUAAUAAUGUGAUUAUUGGAGCUAAUCAGUGUGUAACAGAGGCUGUACGGUGGCCGUGCGGGGUCAAAAGCGCGCUGGCUGCUCGUUGUGAGGGGCUGCUGCUGUAGUAAUGGAGGGGGUCACGGUCGGCCAGGUAUUUGAUGCGGAAUGCAUCCUCAGCAAACGGCCGAGGAAGGGCAAGUUUGAGUAUCUGGUGAAGUGGAGAGGGUGGUCGUCUAAGCACAACAGCUGGGAGCCGGAGGAGAACAUCUUGGACCCACGGCUGCUGGCAGCGUUUCACAAGAGAGAGCAGGAGAGGGAGCUUCUGUUCCAGAAGAAAGGAAAGAGGCCGCGAGGACGACCACGAAAGAUUCAGCCGCCUGCUCCUGCUGCUACAAAAGACAGCCGCUCCUCGUCCUCCUCUUCCUCUGGCCUCUCAUCAUCCCCCUCUUCCUCCUCCUCAGAGGAUGAAGAACACUCAAAGAAAGCAAAGCCCGGCCCCCGGGUCCACCCCGUCCCCCAGAAGAGGCCUCAGAUGGUGCUGGCAAAACCAGAUCCUCCACGCAAGAAGAAGCGUGGGAGGAAGCCGCUCCACCCUGACCUGAGGGCUUUAAGACAGGCGAAGAGCAGACCUCCUCCACCUUCUCCUCCUCCUCCUCCACCUCCUCGCCAUCACCAGGUGCUCAGACAGCCCAGGGAGGAGCCUCGACCCGGGGUGAAGAAGCCUCUGCAGCCGGCCAGCUUCACCUACACAGGGCUGAGCCGGAGCUGCAGAGAUGAAGCUGCCUCCGCCUCCCAGAACUCCACCAGCUCCUUCUCCCAGACAGCUGCCUCCAAGUCCGGAUCGCUCAGCUGCAUCUGGACCAGUCGCCCCAUGUCUCCAUCCUCCGGCUCCUCCUCCUACAACAAAACUGGUCCGUCCUCUCAGAGUAAGCACUCUGUGUCCGAGCUGAAGCGCUCCACCUCAGAGAGCGGCAGCAGCAGAGGAGACGGCUUCAAGGUGUCUCCUCUGAAACAUGGCGGAGGUUCGGGGUCGCUGGGUCUGCAGGGCGGCUUCGGGGGAAGUCAGACUGUCCAGCGCUCCCCACUGGGCCUGAGGAGACAGGAGGGUGUCGGAGGUCAGGCCGGGUUGGGUCAACACAAGCAGCAGAACCUGUCCAAGCCGUCGUCCUCACCGACGCCUCGAGAACGAGCCAAUCAGGCUCUCAGCCUUCGAGCGCUCAACCUGCAGAGCGUCAGCAAGCCACCAGGCGGCAGCAACACGAGCAGUGCUGGAGUGGGAGCAUCCAGGUCGAGCCUAAGGAGCGGCGGCAGCAUCGUGGUUAAAGGAAUCAUGAAGGACACCCGAACAUCAGCAGGGGGCCAGCGCCCCGGCGGGGCGGCAGGAGGCGCUGCAGAGCAUGGGAGGUUCAGAGAGGACAGGAAGGAGAUGUUGUCUGGCGGGAGGCACGAGGAGAGGAAACACGGGCUCAACUCUCAGAGCCGGAGUCUGAACGAGCUCAGCACCGGUGACUCUGACGAGAGUAGCAGCAGCGAAUCAGAACGUGGCGCCGCCCUGUACCCAAACAACAGCAGGCCCAGCCUCGGCAACGACGCCACAGAGUCUGACACGGAAACGGACUGGCGGCCGGCCCGGAGCCUCCUGGAGCACGUGUUCGUCACCGACGUCACUGCCAACUUCAUCACGGUGACGGUGAAGGAGUCGCCAACCAGCGUGGGAUUCUUCAACUCGCCGAAUCACUGAAGGACGUCAGAGACGACGCCUCGGUGCGCCGAGCCGAGCCGGACCAAACAACCCCUCCUACAGCAGCUCUCAGGGUUCCUACGCCGCUCUGGAUGUUUAUCUACAGGGACGUCAGUCAUUCUCAGAUCUUUAUACACGUCGAAAUGCACAACAACUGUAGGAAUUAACAUGGUGUCAAACAGACGAAACAUGACACCAUCUUCCUCUGGCCACGGAUUUGUUUCAUGUAGGAACCCUGAUGUUUGGACCCCGUUCACACCUGAUACUACGAUGCAGUCUGUGUCUGGAGAAGACUCAGUGAUGGAUCUGGACUCUGAUCAACUGGAAGAACAGUCUGUUGUUCAUCCAUCUUCAUCCUGUGGGCCGAUACAGUCAAUCAUUGUUUCACAUCACUUUAGCUAAAUUGAACCACUUCUCCUUGUGGAUCUUAUUAUGCAGUUGUUGAGAUCUUUGCAGCUUCCACCUCAAUGUAACAGAGGUGAGCAGAUUUUAGUCUGUGUUGCAACAGCAGUGUCAUUUACCAGGAAGUCCAAGAAGCUCACAUUAAUUAAUCCACAGACUUGUAUCGGAAAUAUCUGCUGCCACAAAAUACACAGUUUUUUGAAUGGAGUUUGGUUUGUGGUGGAGAAUCAAAAACUGAAAAUGCUGCAGUAACAUUUUUUAACCAGAAACAAAGUGUCAGUUGUCAGAGAGCUCCCUGAGGAACGCUGGUUUGGAUUAAAUAGUGUGUUUUUUGAAUGGACUCUGGUUUGUUGAAGGUUGAUUUUUUUCCAGUCGGCGUCGAGUGAAGAUGAUUCCCUCACAGUUUUCGCACUAAGAAUCAGUCCAGAGAAAUUCUCCACUCAGACAGUCAGCAGUGAUGACCGGAUCGAUCAGCACCAGUUCUACUGGACGGCGUGUGAACGGGUCUAAACGCUCCAGACGGAUCUCUCUCAGCACCUCUCCAGUGCCUCAGGUUCUCCCCUUUCAAGCCCACUGCCACCGUUCAGCUGCUUGUGACCAUGAUUAGUUUGAGUAGGACAUUUUGUGCUUGUCGGCCCUUGUAUCCAAACUACAUGUGUGGCUUUGACCAGAGCUGCAUGUUAAAAAAAACAGAAGUGAAGUCCGUCUGUGAUCGGUAACUUUUCAUCCAAUCGUCUCUCAGUUCUCGUUGGACCAAAGGUGUCAUGAAUGUGAACGAUCUCCUCGUUGAUUUCUGUUAUUGACAGUAUUUGUUGCACUACGCACAGUUUAAAUGUAAUCUGAUUCCUCCUCCUCAUGUCAGCGGAGUCGCUCCAUCAUCACUUCUAUCUACCAGUUUUAUACCAUUUUAAUAACCUGCCGUCACAGUGUGUCUUUUGGAGGUGAAAUAUGUGUUAAUUUAUAUUUGUAAAUAUGUUUUUUUCAUGUGAUAUCUGAUAUCUAUCUGGUGCUCAUGUUGGCGUACUAGCUUCAGAUACUUGUAGCCUGUGUGCCUCUCUGCCAUUUUGAAGGUAUUUGAAAUAAACAGUCGUACCUGAAGAGUCCUGGUGUUGUGCUGCAGCUGCUGUUCACCUGUUCACCUGCAGGUGUCGCUGUCGGCCAGGCGAUGUAGCGUCUGUGUUUAACGCUCCGCUCCACCUGCUCUGCUGGUCUGUUCCAAUAACCUGAGGUCCUCUCAUUGAUCAGCAUCAGAAUUCUUCAGUCACCUCACCUGUUCAUUACUUCCUGUCUGAGACGGCUCAGACAGGAAGUGAUGCGAAAGUGAUUGAAAGAAAUUCAUUAACAACUAUUUAUCAACCUGACUGUGAACUGAUUCUGUUGACUGGAAACUGAACAGGGAUCAAUACACCCAGUGAGCAAAAGGAUCAAUGAUCCAAACCAACAGAAUUAAUCAAAACUGAUCAAUUAACUGAUCAUCAGUAAAUCUGUUUGCACAUGUUCGCCGUGAACUUGAUCAGUGACUGUGUGAAAAAAAGGAAAGUAGUUGAGUAAAAGUAUUUAGUUACAACACUCCCACACACACACACACUAUACACUGUACGUGUGUGUGCGUGUGUGUGUGUGUGUGAUUUAUGGUCUCUGAGGUGGAAUUUUCCCAAAAUAAGUUUGAGUCAACAGCAGCGACAGAGACGCCCUCACAGCAACACUGGUAUGUAUAAACACAGUGAACAGUGUGAGGCAGUGUGCUGCACACACACACUCACACAGACACACACACACACACACACACAGACACACAC